UGGCUUUCUGUGGAACUCGACUCUUAUCCGAACAAGAUGACUGGUCGUGGAAAGGGAGGAAAGGGCUUGGGAAAAGGAGGAGCAAAGCGUCACAGGAAAGUGCUUCGUGACAACAUCCAGGGCAUCACCAAGCCGGCUAUUCGUCGGUUGGCUCGACGUGGCGGCGUCAAGCGAAUUUCGGGUCUCAUCUACGAAGAGACUCGCGGUGUUCUCAAGGUCUUCCUUGAGAACGUCAUUCGUGAUGCUGUGACCUACACGGAGCACGCCAAGAGGAAAACCGUCACCGCAAUGGACGUCGUCUACGCUUUGAAACGUCAGGGACGCACUCUCUACGGAUUUGGCGGUUAAGCGGCAGCACUUUUUUGG